AUGAAAGUCCUCAUCACAGGCGCAGCAGGAUUUAUAGGGCAGCUCCUAGCUGAAGUGCUCUUAAACGAUGAAUCCUACACCGUUGUGCUUACAGAUGUCGUCCUGCCACCCGUUCCAAAGGGUGUCAAAUAUCCUCAGAAUGCCAAAGCAGUCCAAGCUGAUCUUUGUGCCGACACAAGCACAGUGGUCGACGACUCGCUAGACGCAGCUUUUGUAUUCCAUGGCAUCAUGUCUUCUGGCUCAGAAGCCAACUUCGACUUUGGCAUGAAGGCCAAUCUCGACUCAACUCGGAGACUUCUCGAGGCAUUCCGAACUGUAAAGCCGGGAAUCCGAAUAAUUUAUGCCUCAAGUCAAGCCGUUUAUGGCCGUCCCUUUCCCAAGGUCGUUGAUGAGACGGUCAGACCAACACCAGAGUCAUCCUAUGGGGCGGCUAAACUCGUCUGCGAGACUCUCGUCAACGAUUACACUCGCCGGAAGUUCAUUGAUGGUAUUGUCCUUCGCUUUCCCACCGUCACUGUCAGACCCGGGAAGCCCUCAGCUGCGGCGAGUAGCUUCCUGAGCGGGAUGAUCAGAGAACCUUUGAAUGGACAAGAGUGCGUCAUUCCACUGAAAGAUCGCUCGUUUGCGUCAUGGGUAUGCUCGCCGAGAACGCUGGUUCUGAACCUCGUGCAUGCGUUGAAGCUUGAGUCUUCAAAGCUGCCGGCUCAUGUGCGAGAGGUCAAUAUGCCUGGGCUGUCUGUAACAAUUCAAGAUAUGAUGAAUGCAUUGGAGAAGGUGGCUGGGUCGGAUAGGCUGCAGUAUAUUAAGGAGGAAACUGAUCCUGCGACUGAGGCUAUCUUGAGGAGUUGGGCAGAUAAGUUUGAUAAUAAGUAUGCAUAUAGCUUGGGCUUCCAGUCUGAUGGUUCGUGUGAACAAGCAGUGGCGGAUUACAAGAAAAGCUUGGGAUAG